AUGGUGAACAGCCUUUGGUUCAAGUGGAAAAGCCUUCGCCUACCAUGGCGCAAAAUGUAUAUUGUCGGCCAGGACCUCGCCGGGAACACCUUCUGGGUAUUCAAGGACGUGGCAAAUGCCAAUCGACUACGUCGUAUCGUUAAAUUUGACCCCAGAGCCCACUUCGACGAGGUCCAAGUGACGCCGCAAUGGCACCAAUGGCUUCGAUACCUCCGAGAAAACCCGCCGACCAUUGAGGAACAGCGACAAGACCUCAUGCGCCAGGCUAAUAUGAAGAACCUCGCUCGACUCGCCGACGAACGUUGGGCCAGCAAGCCGUCUUUCCUUGAUAAACCUCCGACACAACAGCCAAAACCUACACCACAAAACAGCCAAGCUACCGAAAGCACAAAACCGGACAAUGCCACCUCAACACAAAAUGCAUCGUCCCCCGCAGAGCCAACGCCACAACCUGAACCCGUUCCCGAGACAAAACCCAAGAAACCAGAGAAUCCAUGGGAUAAGGCUGUUAACCCAGGAGAUGACUGGCAACCCGAGUCAUGGACACCUAAAUCCCAUCGGUGA